AUAUAUGUAUAUAAAACGAUAUGGUGUGAUGCAUGCACCAUUAUUAGAAUUCUCACAUACCUUCAAGAUGGCAGUGCUAUGGCGCUUUCUUCUCUUCCUAUCUUCAAUAUAUGUAAUGAAAGCUGCCGCAGUUUUUCUCGGCCACGGCAACGAGACGGACCUGGCGGCUCUGCUGGCUUUCAAGAAAAUGAUCGACCCGAAGUCCGAAGUGCUGAGCUCGUGGAACGGGACCCUAAACUUGUGCGUGUGGGAGGGAGUCGCAUGUAGCCGGAGGCAUCCCAUGAGGGUGGUAGCCUUGGAGCUUCCUGCACACGGCCUAGCAGGACCCAUCUCUCCCUCCAUAGGGAACCUCACUUUCCUUCGCAUAAUCACCCUCAAUGGAAACAAUCUCUUUGGAGAGAUCCCUUCCACUCUCGCCUGGCUGCGCCGGUUGCGUUUCCUCAAUCUGACAGACAACUUACUCCAAGGUGUGAUCCCUGCCAACAUAAGCUAUUGCUCUCAACUUAGGCACAUAGGUCUUAGCGACAACCAGCUACACGGCACAAUUCCACCGGAGAUAGGAUCUUUGCCAAAGCUUCAGGCAUUGUUUCUUGGCAAUAACAGUUUCACAGGAGUCAUCCCCCCUUCGCUAGGUAAUCUUUCAUUCCUCAAUGGACUAUCUAUCGGGUUGAAUAAUUUGGAGGGGCCAAUCCCCGAUAGCCUCGGUCAACUUACCAACCUAGGCUUCUUACACUUGCCCGUUAACAAUCUUACGGGCACGAUACCUCCUUCUUUGUUCAAUUUAUCGUCUUUCUAUUACAUAUCCUUAGCAGUGAACCAGCUAGAAGGUAGCCUCCCAGACAAUAUUGGAAAUAAUCUGCCUAUCCUUAAUUACCUUCUCUUGGGCGGAAAUCGCCUCACUGGAACUAUUCCAGCUUCACUGUCAAACAUUUCACAGCUUGAAAUGUUUGAACUCGCAAUGAAUAAUUUUAGCGGGCGGAUACCUUCUGAAAUUGGGAGGUUGCAAGCUCUUGUUUCUCUGGAUUUGGGAGGCAAUCAGUUGGAAGCAAGUGGUCCUGAGGACUGGUUGUUCCUUGAAUAUCUGACAAAUUGUAGUAGCAUACAGCAAUUGGGGCUCGACUCUAAUCGGCUAGGAUGGGAGCUACCUGCCGUGAUUGCCAACUUGUCCACCCAGCUCGAAGUGCUUGCCCUGGAUCACAAUUAUAUUUCUGGAAGUAUACCUCCAGGCAUAGGAAAUCUGGUAGGUCUUGAAGCGCUUGCAUUAUCUUCCAACUAUCUCACAGGCAUCAUCCCACAAAGCAUUGGGAAACUUAGCAGGUUGCAGAAACUGUACCUGGAUAUCAACAACUUGACAGGGCCCAUUCCUUCUUCCCUUGGAAAUCUCACCCAACUGAACAGUCUUAUUGUAGCUUUCAAUAACUUACAGGGACCGAUUCCUACCACCAUUCGAAAUCUGCAACAGCUAACUCUUUUGGACCUCUCUCACAACAAGCUUAGUAGUUCCAUACCCAAAGAAACUUUUGUCCUGUCAUCUCUCUCCCAAUACCUGAGCUUAUCUUACAAUUUGCUAGUUGGUUCCCUUCCUUCGGAAGUGGGUGGUUUGACAAACCUAAGAUCAUUAGAAGUCUCAGGAAACAGAUUGUCGGGCGAGAUCCCUGAUACUCUGGGCAAUUGCCAGGUCAUGGAAUACCUGUUAAUGGAUGACAACAACUUCCAUGGGAACAUUCCGCAAACCAUGGGAAACAUGAGGGGCCUUCAAGUACUAAAUCUCACACAGAAUAACUUGUCGGGCCUAAUUCCUGAUGCCUUGGGCAGUAUAUCCGGCUUGCAAGAGUUAUAUCUUUCUCACAAUAAUUUCUCAGGGCCCAUCCCAAAAAUCCUCCAGAACUUGACCAAUUUACUCAAGUUAGAUCUAUCCUUCAACCAUCUUGAGGGUGAGGUACCAAACGAGGGGGUUUUCAAAAAUGUGAGUGCAUUAUCAAUCCUGGGAAAUGACGGGCUCUGUGGCGGCAUGUUACAGCUUCAUCUACCUGCAUGUCCUACCCCCAUAAGGUCUCCUAGAAAGAAAAGAUUGCAAAGAUAUGUUAGAAUAGUGAUACCAAUAACCGGAGCAACUCUAUUCUUCAUUCUGUCUUUGCUCGCAGCUUUGUUGUUUUAUCGAAAAUUUAAAUUAAGAAAGAAAGAUGCACCAUUGACGCAAGAAAUUGAGGAUCAAUAUCCGAAAGUUUCUUAUGGAGAAUUAUUUAAAGCAACUGAUGGGUUCUCCCAAACCAAUUUGAUAGGGAAAGGAAGAUAUGGCUCUGUGUACAAAGGCACUCUAAGUUACAAUCAAAGCACCAUAGUCGCCAUCAAAGUUUUUAACCUUCAGCAGUCAGGGUCUUCUAAAAGCUUUAUUGCCGAAUGUGAGGCACUAAGAAGAGUUCGCCACCGUAGUCUCAUCAAGAUCAUUAGUUGUUGUUCGAGCAUUGACUACCAGGGUACCGAUUUUAAAGCCCUGAUCUUUGAGUUCAUGCCUAAUAACAGUUUAGAAAGCUGGUUGCAUCCGAAGGUUGAUGACUCACAACAAUGUAAAACUCUCAGCCUACCUGAGAGGUUGAACAUUCUGGUCGAUGUUGCCGAUGCGCUGGAUUAUCUUCACCACAGUUGUCAGCCAGCAAUUGUACAUUGUGAUAUGAAGCCGAGUAACAUCCUUCUUGAUCAAGAAAAGUGCGCACAUGUUGGAGAUUUCGGGCUCGCGAGGCUCCUGCCUGAAGUUGUAAGCACAUCUUUGGUUGAUUCAAGAAGCUCUAUAGGAAUAAGAGGAUCUAUAGGUUAUGUUGCUCCAGAGUAUGGUGAAGCCAGUCAACUUUCUACCAGUGGAGAUGUAUAUAGCUUCGGAAUUACCGUCCUUGAGAUGUUUACAGGAAGGAGUCCCGUUGAUGAAAUUUUCAAAGAUGGCCUGAAUCUACAUGAGUAUGCUGCAGGGGCUUUCCCAGAAAGAGUCAUGGAAAUAGUUGAUCCUGUAAUUCUGUUACAUGCUGAAGACAAUGUUGCUGCUAUUGACAGCUGGGGAGGAGGUAAUACAUCCAGAAGAAUAGUGGAGAUGUGCUUAGUUUCUGUCAUAAAAGUUGGCCUCUUAUGCUCAAAGCAAUCACCAAGAGAAAGAAUGUCCAUGAGGGAUGCUGCCAAAGAGAUGCACACCAUUAGGGAUGCAUACCUCGGAGUAAGGAAUCACGAAAGAAGGCCUACUCAGCUGUAAAGUAGUGCCUUUUUCUUUGUUGAAGAAUAACGUGUAAUUGCAUAAAUAUAUUGUCAUUAUUAACGAUUGAAAAGAUAUUGAAAUAAAGUAACUCUGUAAGCAGGAACUUGCAAUCUAAAGAAUACAUAGACAUACCUA